GCGAGCACAUUUUGUAAACAUUAAAAUCCACAGAUAUGCACAAACGACGAACUCCCAAGUCCAUAAAUAAGCCACCACCAAUUCAGGGACCAGCUAAGAAGCCCACACCGGUGGCGGAACCAUCAGUCGAGGAGGACGUGGUGACCCAACUGGAGGUGGAGCUCUGCUGGUGCGUGGAGCAGUUGCAGAAUGCCCUCGACAGUGGAAAACUAAGCCAGAAGGCGGCCGAGGAUACCGCCAAAAACCUGAAGAUCCUAAAAAGCCCAAAAGCCCCAUUGAUAAGGAAGCGCCAGGUGAUGAAGCUCUCCAUGGGCGACUACCGGUCGAAGAUGCAACAGGAGGAGCAAAAAAUGGCUCUGGCCGCCAAGCAAAUCAAAUUUACUCCCACGGAUGAGACAACCAAAAAGUCGAGCUUUGUGAAAAAAUCUGCACUUCUAACAUCUGGAAAGGACUUCCGCUUCGACUUUUCCUUGCCCGCCGAAGAAUCGAGUACAAAGGAGUCCCAGCCAGCUCCCAAAUUGCAGCCCACUUUCCAGGAGAGUUCCGGAAGCCCGUUCAAGUUCAACUUUUCCAUCGAAGAGGAUUCCGCCAACGAUAUUAACUUCAAUGGUCUAACGUUAAAUAAUUAGCUACAACUUAAGGGCAUAAUUGAUGACUGCUGUUACUAGUGCCGAUGUGCCACUUUCUACUUCAUAUUUAAAUAAAAGGUUUAUUAUAAAACAA